CGACGGCUCGUCAAAACUGCGCUAUAAUUAACGUGGAGAGACGCCUGAGUCUGAAAACAAAGGAAAACAGGAGCUUUUUGUCUGCUUGGACGCCUUUUGUAAUGGGAGGUCAGUAGGAGGUCAGCGGCGGCAGCAGGGAUGCGGAUCCAGCUGAAGGCUCCCGGCCACGCCGCCACCCUACUGGCAGAGCUCAACCGCUGCCGGCUGACACGUCAGUAUUGCGACGUGUUCCUGCAGGUUGGCAGCCGGACGUUUGCGGCGCACCGCGCGGUGCUGGCCUGCGCCGGCACGUACUUUCACAACCUGUUCAGCCGGGCGCCGACCACGAUGUCGCCAGCAUUUUCACUGGAGUUUGUCUCGCCGGCCAACUUCGAGAAGAUCUUGACGUUCAUCUAUGCCGGGGAGAUCCUGAUCGACCUUAUCGACGUCGGCGUGCUGUACGAGCUGGCGGAGAGGCUCGGUGUCGGAGAGCUGGUGCGGGCGUGCCACACCACCUUUCCGGACUUGCAGGUUUCUGCUAAAGUGGGUCGAGAUGGAGAUCUGCCGUUGGACUCGGGGUUGGUCAGCGGCGGUGUGACCUCUGAUCCAUCGUUGUGCUCCUCCGCAGCGUCCUGCUCUUCCCUCUCCUCAUCGGUCGGUCAGUCUGCGGCGCCGACACCCGCGGCAGCUCCUUCACCUCUUUUCCAGAGAACCGACAGGUUAGAAACCCAGGAAGCAGAUCUGACUCUGGACCUGAAGGCCGAAGACUUCCAGUCCCACAUCGGUUACGGACAGAUGCCGAGCCGCCCGGCGCUGCAGCUGAAAACCGAGCAGAGCUGCGAUGACUGUGUGACGCGUUGCAACCCUGCGCCCUCUGACCUCUGCUCCCUCCCGGACUCCUCCGCUCAGCUCGGACCCGAAGCUCCGACCUCCUCCUCGGGGGAGCCUCCGGCCGGCCUGCAGGGGGCGCCGGUGAUGAGCAAACAGGGAGACUGUGUGCUGAUGUUUGAGGAGGUUGAAACGAGGGAGAGUAAAGGUGAGAUGGAGGAAGAGGAGUGGCGACAGCUGGCUGGAGAAAUAAUUGAGCUGAGCGACGAUGAGACCUACAUGGAGGAGGAAGAUGAGGAAGAUGAUCUGGUGUAUGUGGAGAACGGCGCAAGAGACGAAGGGAGCAGAAGCGGCCUGGUGGACACGGUGAGCAGAAACCAGCUGUCGUGUAAAGCCUGCUCUGCGCCGCUCCCUGCAGACCCGGUCGCGGUGAAGCGGCACGCCGAGGCUCACCUGACGGAGCUGGGCCUCUGCCGGCUUUGCGGCGCCUCGUUCCCGGACCGGGCCGCCGCCGUGGCCCACUCCCUCUCCCACGUCAGCGUUCAGCUCUUCUCCUGCGAAAUGUGUCGGCAGGAGUUCUGCAGGCAGAGCAAACUGCUGCACCACCACCACCAGACGGCCGCCACCUACAGCAUCCCGCAGGGGGCGCUGAUGAGCGGUGGACAGGGCUCGGAGCUGAAGUGUGCGGUGUGCACCAAAACCCUCAGCAAGGACUUCCAGACGCUCAGAGACCACCUGCUGAGCCAUGUGUGUCUGCAGACCCUGACCUGUGGGAUCUGCCACCUGCCUCAGCUCUCCCUCUGCUCCCUGCUGUGGCACACACUCGCCCACCUCUCUCUGCCUGUCUUCACCUGCCCUCACUGCGCCUGCUGCUUCGUAGAGCGCCCCCUGCUGGACAGACACAUGGCAGCUCAUGCCGACGAGGCGGCUGCUAGGGAGAAGAAGCGCCUGGCGCACAAAGCGGAGGAGAUGCAUUGCUUCUUGUGUCGACAGACGUUCGUUUCCUCCUCUGCCUUCCAGCUCCACCUUGCAAUGCACACCUCAGAGACCCUGAACGAUGGCGCCGGCGGCAGUGGCUGCCUUGGCAAGCGGAAAGCCGACCAUUCCCUGGACUGUCCUCCAUCUUCCUCUUCCUCAUCUCCCCGUGACGUCGGCGGCCUCUCGAAGAUCAACCUGGGUUUGGGGACGGCAAUCGGCUUCAGCGUGCCGGAGAAGCUCGGCUUCCCGUCUGCGGCGGGGCAGGACAGUACCGCCGUGGACGGGGCUGUCCGUGGGAAGUGGUACCGCUGUCGCUACUGCGGCAAACGCUUCGCCCACUCGGGGGAGUUCACCUACCACCUGCGGAUCCACACCGGAGAGAAGCCGUACCAGUGCAAGGUGUGCCUGCGGUUCUUCAGGGGCCGAUCCACCAUAAUCUGCCACCUGAAGACGCACGCCGGAGCCUUGAUGUACCGCUGCACCGUCUGCGGACUCUACUUCUCCACCCUCAAGCUGGUGUCGUCGCACAUGGAGCUACACAAAGGCCAUCUGCCGGCCGACUUCAACAUCGAGCAAACCUUCAUGUACAACGACCACUCCAAGGAGCCGCUGCUGCCCGCCGCCGACGCCUGACACACCGAACAGAAGAUUUAAGAUUAAUCUCAGAACUCAUCAGCAAAACAUGGAGAUUUCUGAGCUUAAAAAGUCAAAAAGGUGAUAGAAAAAUCAGAAAUGUUGAUAUUAAUGUUAAGCAAACCUUUUUAGUUUGAAAGUCAAAAGUGUUUCUGAAAUCAAGCUUGAAAUGUUAUUUUUCAGUGGAAGUUAUUACUAUUUUAUUACUAUUUUUUAUUUAUCAUGGCCCGUCAGUUUAUGUUCUUUAUGCUUUCACCAUUAUUCAAUCAGUUUUUCCAGUCAAUAGAUUCAUUCGUUUGUCUCUUUAAUCAUUUGUUUGCUCAACAAAAACAAAUCCAAACAAAAAAUGUUGCAGCAAAAGAAAAAAUGCCACAAAUGGCAAAACAAAAACAACUGAAACUACAAAAUGCCACAAAGCAGAAAUGCUCCAGACCAGUAGGGGGCACCAACCACCAAAUCAGACUGUAAGUAAAGAUUUUAUGAUUUAAAUUGGAUCUCCAGAAGGAACUCAGAAAAUGUGGAUUUUAUUUACGUUUAUUUUUCAUACACGCAGUUUUUUACCCUAAUAUAGAACAGCCACAUAUUUACGUAGGUAAUGUAGCAUACUCUAGACUCCCCCUAGUGGCUGGGAUGAUUCCUGUUUUGUGCAGCAAGUUUGCAACAUUUUAAACUUGCUGUUUUUGCUAUUUGCAGUAUUUUCACUUUUCCCUCCACUUCCAGUGGUUGCACCAUUUUUCUGUUGCAUUUUUUUGUUGUUUGUGUGUUUUACAGUUUGCAUCAUUCAUCCAAAAAUUUUGCAAACAUCUGACAAAUUAAUUUUUAUUUUAUUUUUUUCAAAUAUAUAUUUUAGAAUGUUCUGGGAACUCUGGCAGAAAUUUUGACUCGUAGUGAGAAUUUUCAGCAAUCAAUUAGUAAAACUGUUUAAAAAUUACGUUUUGAUUUUUUUUUUUUUGUCCAAAAAAUUUCACAGCAAAAUUAGGAAACUGUCAGAAAACCUAAGCUAUAAUCAAACACUUUUUGCAUUAUGUGGAGGAUCCAUUGUCGUAGUUUUGUACUUCUGUGUUUGUUUGUGGAAGAAAGAAAAGUCAAGUUGCACUUUUAGGAUCUGGUUGAGGUGAAAAGUCAACAACCAACUGGAAUAUCUCAUUUCUCAUGUGCCUGUUGAAGAACUAAACAUGUUUUUAUGUGUGUGAAUAAAUCCUCUAUGUAAGACGUUGGUGAACAUGUGUCCUUACAGAAGGCCAGUCAGGUUCAAACUGAAGCUUUUUAUCUCUUGAAACACAGAAAGCUGUUGUCUUUAUCAAAAUUAAUCUUUCUAAAAGUUGGGUUUUAUUGUCAGUGCGUCAUAUUUACACUACAGUGUUAUUAAUACAGCUUGUCAUUGUAGCAUCCAGAACUAAUGUUUUUCUUAUUUUUUUGUUGGAGUCCUAAAGUAAAAAAUUUUAAACUUUACAGUAAACUAAAGAGUCCAUUCCUGAUAUAUUUUUUCUGACUUUGCAGAAAGGAAUUUGUUUAGAACAAGGAAGCCGUUCAUACUGUAACCAUCAACACGUUUCUGUGGUAAAUGCCUGUCUUAAGUCAUAUUUAUAGAUAUUUAUUGUUUUUAUGCCUUUAUACUUUUCCAUAUCACUUUGUUUUAAAAACGAAUAAAAUUGAUGCCUCUAGGAAUAUUGUUUCCUAUGAUUAAUUGCCGUUCAGAGUGCCAUAAAACCAAUCUGUCAUCAAAUUUCUGCUGAUGAACCUGUGGAAGAAUGCCGCUGACCUUUGACCUCUUUGGAGCCUGGUCCUUUCCUGCUAUUGUGCCGCCUGUGAACUGAUGCUCCUCUUCCCCCUUUUCUUUCCUGCUUUCUUCUAAACUGUUGAAACAUUCCAGAAAUUGAAGUUAAUGUUAUAAAGAUCAGUUGAAUGGCUUGUGAAAAUAAACACUAAGCUUCCUCA